UUGAUCUCCAACCUCCUCCUGAUCAGCUUUUUGACUAUUCCUCUUCUCGAAAGCCUGUGUAAAGAUGGGCGAAGUGAGCCCCGCGUCUCUACCUGUCGCUCCUGCAUCCUACCCCUCACCCAAGCAGAUAUCGCCCCACCUAAUCCUCCAGCCUCCGCUAUCUCGCCGAGGAAAUGGCCCGGGACUUAUCUUGAUACUCGAUCACUACGCACUGGUUGAGGAGAGCGACAAGCAUCUCGAUCCUCCACCGCUGCAAAAAUGGGCUGAAGAGGGCUUUGCCGUAGUCCAGCUCCUCGUGCCUGGGAAGGUAGAAGAUGGCGGCGAGUUUCCUUUGGACAAAGCCUUGGAAGUGCUGAAGAGUUGCGAGGCCUGUGAUUACGGGAGGGGUGUUGGUGUAGUCUCUUACAUCUCUCGUCUCCCAUUCUACGUCGAAGAAGGCGUCAUUCAGCACCCCGAUAUCCUCGCUGUGGUAUCUUACGGUGGACGUCAACUGUCUACCCUCCACGAAUCGUCAACCGCCCUGCCGCCUCAACUCAUCCAUGCCGCCGGUCCCACAGUCGCACGUCGAGAAUCUCUUCCCCUAUCCCCGGAUCCUGAGCCCACUAAAUCCUCACCAACCUCGCAGCGCCCAGCUGGUAUCGUGAAGACAUUUCGUUACGAAGACGCCACUAACGAUACUAAUUGGGUGCUUCCUGCUGACCCCAAAUAUUCCAAGCGCAAUGCUGGUAUCGCUCACACAAGGAGUGCAGCAUUUCUCAAGCCAUUUCUCAACGGGCCAUACUUCGAUCUCGAAGCUGUGUGGGAUGAACAUUGCUUGUACGAGUUCGGAGAACGAGCAGUGGAGAAGACGAUGGCGACCAUGGUUGCGCAGCCCUAUGUAAACCACAUUCCAACCAUGACCGGCGGCAUCGGCAAAGACCGCCUGACAGCCUUCUACACGCACCACUUCAUCUUCAGCAACCCCGACGAUACCGCACUAUCCCUCGUAAGCCGUACUGUCGGCACAGACCGCGUAAUCGACGAGUUCGUCUUUUCGCUCACUCACGACAAAGAAGUGCCCUGGCUACUCCCCGGCAUUCCGCCCACUGGCAAGAAGCUCGAGAUCCCGUUCACAUCCAUCGUGGCUAUUCGUGGUGAUCGUCUGUGCCACGAGCAUAUUAGUUGGGAUCAGGCGACAGCGCUGAAGCAGCUGGAUCUGUUGCCGGAGUAUGUGCCCUUCAGGUAUGCUAUCAAUGGCAAGGAGGCGGAACAGGGGAAGAUAUAUGAGGUCAAAUUGCCGGUCGCAGGGAGAGAGACGGCGGCGAAGUUAGUGGACGAGGGUUGCGGAGAGAGUAACGCCUUGAUGGGGAAGAGUUGGAGGGAGGUCAAUGACGUUUAGGGUGCAUGCAGUGGCACUGCACGUAUAUGGGAGGCGAUCUGUAAUACUAUGUUGGUUCAUCCAACGCCGUGCACGUCAAAGUUCCUGAUUUAUAAAGCUCGACGAUUCCACCAGGAGGCAUUGUGCUACUCCGUUAGCGUGUGAGCCUCCCGCAACGCCUCCGUCAGCGACACCAUGUUUGCACUAGGAGUAUUCUCGCGCUGUAUCCUUCACCAGCCAACGACGAUGCGCUUCCCAUUCAACCUCCGACAGGGAC